GGACUUGCUUAUUCUCUACGCCCAUAAAAUAAAAUCCCCGAUUCUCCAAUCCCGUAACGCUUUCUCCGAGAGCAAAAAUGGCGAGCGGCGGCUGUGGAGGAAAAGUUUCCUUCAAAGUCACUCUUACUUCCGAUCCCAAAUUGCCCUUCAAAGUUUUUAGCGUUCCAGAAGCUGCUCCAUUCACAGCUGUCCUCAAAUUUGCUGCCGAGGAAUUCAAAGUUCCUCCACAAACUAGCGCCAUUAUCACUAAUGAUGGGGUGGGGAUUAACCCACAGCAAAGUGCUGGUAAUGUCUUUCUUAAACAUGGCUCUGAACUGCGGCUGAUUCCUCGCGAUAGGGUCGGUGCUCCCGGGUUGUCAUUUUGAGCAUAUGCCCAAGUAUUUCAUCUGCUUCUUAUCCCCUAUUGAGUAGCACUUCAUGGUGAAAUGUGCUGCAACUUUCGAUGUUGUAAUAUCAAGUAUAGUUGAAUGUGAAACAGAAUAAAUAAUGCUUUUCGUCCGGGGACUAAUAAAUAUGUUGUGGAUUAAACUUUUGUUGAGAUUUCUAAGUGUUAAUCUGCAAUGGGGUACGUGAUUAAUAUUUUUACUGAU